CAUCACCAAGUCGCCAAGAUGAGAGUCGACCCGUGUUUCUUCUGUGGUCGCCCAUCAUACCCUUCCAAGGGUAUCACCUUUGUCAGAAACGAUGGAAAAUCCUUUCGAUUCUGCCGAUCAAAAUGCCACCGCAACUUCAAGAUGAAGCGUAACCCCCGCUCCCUCCGGUGGACAAAGGCCUCGCGCGUCAAGGCCGGCAAGGAGAUGGUCUGCGACAGCACCCUCCUCUUCGGCGCCCGCCGCAACGUCCCCGAGCGCUACAACCGCGACCUGGUGGAGAAGACCAUCGUCGCCAUGAAGCGCAUCAGCGAGAUCCGCGCCCGCAGAGAGCGCGUCUUCUACAAGAAGCGCAUGGCCGGCAAGCGCGCCCGCGAGCUCGCCCAGGCACGCAAGCUCGUCUCCGAGAACGAGCACCUGCUCCCCCGCCUCCGCGGCAGCGAGAUCAAGAGGCUCAAGGAGGCCAACGCCGAGGCCGGCAUGGAGGUGGAGGAGGAGGAGCUGGUCGCCAAGAAGCACGAGGUCAAGGUCUUUGGUGGCGAGGCGCGCAGGGUCAAGAUCCAGGUCCCCGACGAAUCCUCCGACGACGGCGAAGACGACGACGGACAGGACGAGAUCCAAGACGAGGAAAUGGAGGUGUAUUAA